UGUGAGUGUGAGGUGUUGUACGUCAGUUUGUUGUGACAGCAGACUACGGGAGGCAGACCCAGGCACACUCCUGUCACUGCCACCUCUCCUGCCACACAAUACUCUUCUACCUCCUUCAUAUCGCAAUAUACAAUGCCUCUCCUUGCUUAAAAGAUUGUGUAGAAGAAAUAUUUUUGGGGAUUUUCAAAGCAGGAUGGUGAAAAAGCCGACUGAAUUUCCCUCCCCUGAACCAGCCAAUCAAAACUACACUAGACGGAGUGACGUCACAGUGGUGUGGGCUGCACGCGGCCAACACCGUCGAACUACCUAACUUCCUUACACUCUUACAGGAUAAGUUACCUAGUUCAUUUACCCUCAUGCAUAUGCUCAUGAUUCAAAUUACUGUAUUAGAGUUACACUAUGGUAUAUACAGUAUAUACAUAUAGUGUAUAUAUGGUGUGACAGUCAGGCUUAUUUUAUUCAUUAUUGUAAACUAUCUUUGGACAAUUUCCUCUUUUACUUAAAUGUUACUGUAUUUUGAUGUUAGAAAAACAGGUGCUGAUGGUCACUCGUAUGUACUGUAUUAUGUUAUCUUCAUAUUAUUUCAGUUCCCAAGUGCACAAGGUUCCCCAUGGCAGAAGCAACCUACAAGAUGAAUGAUUGCCAAGGGUCAGAGGAUGAGAACAUCAAUGGUUCCUCACUUCCUUCAGAGGAAGACAAAAAAAGUGUGAAAAAUGGUGUGCUUGGAGUCAAAGUGGUUGAAAAGGAUCAUAUUAAAGCAGAAAAUGGAAAUCAACCAGGGGAUGUAGCUCAGGCAGCAGUGAGUAUGGCAGAUCAAGUCCGAUCUGAGGCUGGGGCCCAAAUGGCAGAUCAAUUCCGAUCUAAGGCUGGCGCCCAGGUGGCAGAUCAAGGUCGCGUGGAAGCUGGGGCCCAACCUUUUGGGGUUGAGGUUAACUCAUUCAACAAAAAUGGACCAGAUUGUUACCCUCUCCAUUGGCUUGUUUGGCACAAUGACUACCGCAGACUAGACGUAGAACUAAAUAAAGGCAAGCAUAAUCAGGAGCUGCGUGACCCAAGAGGACGCACACCUCUUAUGCUAGCUGUUACAUUGGGUCAUUUGGAAUCUACCAGAUCAUUGUUACGCCACCACUGCAAUGUUAACGUAGAGAAUAAUGAUGGUUGGACUGUAUUACAGGAGGCCACAGCAACAGGUGACCCAGAGCUUCUGGGCAUUGUACUGGAGGGGCGUGACAUGCAGCGUUAUUCCUCACGUGUCGCGGGUAUUCCUGGUUUGUUGGCUAAGCUCAAAGAGGCACCAGACUUUUAUGUUGAGAUGAAGUGGGAAUUUACUAGUUGGGUGCCGUUGGUGUCACGCAUGUGUCCGAGUGACACAUAUAGGGUGUAUAAAAGUGGGUCUAGCGUUCGAAUUGAUACUACGCUGAUUGGAUUUGACCAAACGAGUUGGCAGCGUGGGAGCCGUAGCUAUAUCUUCAAGGGGCAGACUGAUGGGGCAACUAUGAUGGAGGUUGACCAUGAGACCGGACAGGUGUACAUGGAAAAUAUGCGAACCUUGCCCCCAGAUCAGGCUCAUUCGUAUCUGCGACCUCAUCCUGGUAUGGUGUCACAUAGGCUAACAACUCCUGUAGCCAUAACAUAUAUUGACACAGAGAAAAUUAGCUUUGAAAGAGAUAAAGCUGGUAUAUGGGGCUGGCGGAGUGACCGAAGUGAAGACGUUAAUGGUCAUGAUUGUAAGGUAUUUUCUGCUAUUAAUGUUGAACUUGUAACAAAGACUCGAACUGAACACUUGACUGAUGCUGACAAAGAGAAGUCAUCCCCCAGAAGUCCAAUCCAGUCCUUCCUUAAUAUUGCAGAAGUAGAGGAGAAACAGAACUCUCCUUCAUCUUCCGAGGAGAGUGAGACUUACUGUCUAAACAACCCCAGCAACAUCACAGCUGAAGAAUAUUUUAAUUCGGAUGUAGACUUACAAGGUCGGGACAUUGGUCGACCCAAGGAAGUCUCGAAGAAAGUGCAAAGUUUUAAGGCCCACCUUUGGCUGGCAGAGGAGUACCCCUUGAAGUUACAGGAGCAAGUGAUGCCCAUUGUAGACCUCAUGGCCAUCAGUUCCUCUCACUUUGCUAAACUCAAGCACUUCAUUCAAAUGCAGCUUCCCAAUGGAUUUCCUGUUAAAAUUGAAAUCCCUCUCUUCCAUGUACUAACAGCAAGAAUCACAUUUGGAAACAUAUUUGGUGUUGAUGAGCAUGUGGACAAUGUGUCCACUGUGAGUGAGGAGGACAGACUAACUUGUGUUAUAGACGAAACUGUGUUUGAACCUCCUGCACACUACACAAAAAUUGGGCAUUCAGAUCAGCAGCACCUGCAAUUGAGCCUUGAUGAAGAUGAUGCUCUUCUGCAAUAUGCCAUCCAGCAGUCCCUAGUAGAGGCUGGUACAGAACAAGAUCAAGUAGACAUAUGGGAGGCACUCCAGGCUGACCACAGACCAACUCUCAAACAGGAGAUGAAUUCCAAACCAGGGUCUCGUCCCAACACUCCAGCACAUCUCUCUCUUCAGACUGCCGAAGAUGCUCAGUUACAAAGGGCCAUAGAAGAAUCCCUUGCUCUCAGCGUUGGGGCAAAUAUUCAACGACCCCCAGGUGCAGGGAUGGCCGAAUGUGGAUUCCAAGCGGAACUUGAAGGGGACAUAGCUGUACCAGGAGAUUUGGCAGUCACCCCAGGAGGCAGUAUACUGGACUCAGAGAUGGCAAUGGCACUCUCACUUUCACAGCGGCACCAAGAAGAGGAGGAAGCUCGUCGAAGGCAGGAAGAAGAAACACUGAAACGUAUCCUUGAGCUAUCUUUAACAGAAAAAUAAUAUUAUUUAUGCUUUAGAAGAAAUACUAAGAAAAAAUACCUACUGCCAUAUUACACAUUAAGAAUAAAUACAGUUUUGCUAUUCUUUUAAUGCAGAUUAGUGUAUGAAGAGAUGAUGAUAAUUUAUUUGUUACUGGUACAUGAAACUGGAUUGAUUAAAACUAAAAAGAAGGAAAAAUUCAUUUUGCUGUAGCAUAUCUUAAGCAACAAUGAGACAAUACUGCAUUACAUAUAAAUGUGAUUACACACUCUGCAGAACCUAGUUUUUUUUUUCUGAACUGACAAAACUUGUGAGGUUUCAAUUUUGGGGGGCCAAUAAUUGAGGGAGUUAAAAAUGUGUGGGGUUUAUAGGUUUUGAACAUGUUCUCUGGCCAGAGACCACAAAGUGAGGUAAGUUGAGAUGAAGUGCAGUAGUUAUUGUGGAUAGACUUUGCUGGCUCAUAGUGCCUCUUCCUAGCAUCUCUGUAUGUCAAGAUUGUUCUUAAAAAAUUUUCAGCACGCAUUAAUGCUUUCUGUAAAGCACAUUUUUUUUAUAACAAAAUUGUAACUGAAAGCGCCUAAUACUUUUAGUUCAAUCCUAUCAACAGUGUAUUAAUAUUUAAUUGAUAUUCUCUAUUCUUGCAGUGGCUAGUAUGGAAUUAGGGUGCUAUUCAUUUUAAAUUGUUCCUUAGAUUGUCAUAGCAUGGUGUUCUUUCUGUUUGGUAAAGUGCAGAUGCAGUAUAAAUGAUCUGCUUUUAAGUUAAAUAAGUCAACUCUGCAAAAUAGCCUUAACUCAUGUCACUCAUUUUUCUUUGCUCCUUUCCUUUGAUGAGGAAUUUGUUGUCCUCCCAGUUGGUGUAUCAUCUUCCUCUAUCCUCCAAACUUAAAUUAGUGGCUAUUCCAAGGGCUUUUACAAACCAGUCCAUGGUGUUGGUCACAUGGACACAAAUUCACAGAUUACAGGAAAUACAAUUGGUAUACUGUAUAUAUCUCCUUCUCGGGAUAUAUAUAUAUAUUAGAAUCGGUUAGGUUAUUACAGCAGACUAAUAGGUAAAGUCCUGACAGUUGAAGCAGUUCAGUACUUUCUCAGAGGAGAUUAUAUCCCAGAAGCUGUGGGUUACCAGUUCAGUACUGUAACUACCAUAAUGCUGCCAUAUGCACUAUGCAUGUACAUAUAGUUGUUUUCCCGUGAAAAAGAAUCAAAUUGUCUGCAAAUGUAAUAAUUUUGUGAUGACUGUGUCAUGUAAGUAUGCCCUUCAGCUUGAGCCUUCUUUGUGCAGUAAAUAUGACUCAGAUUUUGAAUUCAGUACCUUUAGGAAAACUUAUAAUAUUUUUCUUAGAGAAAUCUUUUACAUCAAUCAGUACAAGUUAUUUAUAUUAUAUUCUCAAAUUGGUAUAUUGCAAUAGAUACAAAAGAGUUUCAGGAUGUGAAAUCAAAUUUAACCUUGAAAAACCUUGAAAAUUUUAUUUUUCAUAUGCAUAAGUUACUCGAUUGUGUAUGAGGUGGGUACUGUACAGUACAAAUUUUUCACUGUAGAUAAUGGCUCAGAGUAAAACUUGGUCUAGGGUAGCAUAUGGAAGGUAUUGAGUAUUUGAAAAAUGGAUUUGGUGUAUUUUUUAUUCUUUGUUCAUUUGGCCAGAAAUAUUUUAGGCAAUACAGCCUUGAGCUUAUUAUUUCAGUUUCAUCUGUUGGGUUGUCAUCCUUAUUAUCCUUGCUAUAGGCAGCAAGGUAUUGUGUUGCAUAUACAGUAUUUUUUUUUUUUUAUACAUUUUAUACCCCCAUAUAGGCUAUAUUAUAUAAGCAGAUUUUAUAUUAAUCAGAAAUCAUGUGAUAAUAAUGAUGUACUCAUUACAGCAGUCCUCCAUAUGCCUGAAUUCCCAAGAUAUCUGUGACACAAGCAAAUAAGCUUUUUAAUUUCAGAAACCCACUUACAUAAGGUAAACACAAGCUAAAUGUAUUUGAGAAACUAUUCUUGCUAAGUAGUGUUUCUUCAUGUGUAACAUCUUUCCUGAUACAGUAGAACCCCAGUUAUCCAGAGUCCAGGUAACCGGCAGAUUCGACUAACCGGCACCAAAAUGAAAUAAUAAUAAAAAUUCCUCCAAAAUUAACUUGUCAUAAGUUUGAAUACCGCAUGCAACGGGGAUCUGCUGCCAUAUUUAUUGUAAUGAUAAACAGUAAAAUUGAUUCAUAGCAUAUCAUAAAAUACAAUAGCACAUAUUUUAUGUACAUAAAAUACCUCUUUCCACGCUCAAAUCAUCCUCUGGGAGAUAUGACACAGUGUGGAUGCGGUGACAGUCAGUCACCCAGCUGACCCACAGACGUGUGGCUGUCGUGCUGCUCUGUGUGUAUUCCAUGACAUCACAUCAUGGGAGGGAUUGAGUGUGGCCACGCAGUUAUAGCUUACCGCCUCCACAAACAUAUUCACUUCCCACACACACUAUACACACCCAAGCUAUUCAUUUUUCAUAUUUUUUCUUUUUUCUAAGCCACAUUAGAGAAUUGUAAGGAUUUUUCUACAACUUUUAUAGUUUCAUUACAAGUAACAAUAAUAUACGAGGUGGCUGGGCUGACGAUUUUGCUACACAGUUAUAGCCCUUAGCCUUCACACAUGCUUACUCCCCACACAUACACACCCAUGAUCUUCAUUUUUGGGGUUUAACUGUUUUAUAUUGUAUUUUCUUUAUUUUUAAGUGACAUUGUAUAUAUAGAGUCAAAUAAGUGUUAAAGAAGUCAAUUUUCUGCAAACCAUGCAUUUUCAUGGGUUUUUAACUUUAAAAACAAUUACGGUAUAUUAAAUGCCAGGUAGCGACGUGUCCUCCUAAUAUUACGUAUUAAGUAAUUAUUAGAUGUUUUAAUUGCCUGUAUGUUGGCCUGGCAAUUUAUUGCCAGGCAUUAACAUACCUAGGUAUAAAGCUGGACGUCGCAUUCUGGACUACAUCACAAAAACUGAUUUUUAGAAAAAAACUGCAUUUUCUCGAGCGAAAAAUGGCAAUUAAGGAACGCUCAUGAAAUAUGCAGGAUUUUGUGGAAAAUCAGAUUUCUGAAACAUGAAUUUGCAAGGUCAGCCUGUAGCAUUGCACUAGGAUUUAUUGGGGAUGCUUAGAUUGAGGUUCAACUAACUAGAAAUCUCUAUCUGGCACCUCUCAAUCUCCAUAGGAGCUGGAUAACUGUGAUUCUACUGAAGUCUCUUUUUUGUGUGUAUUUAUUUAGCAUUUUUAUUAUUACCUUUUAAUUACAUUAGAAUUCAAACAAAUUUGAAAUAGCAUACAUAAACAGGUAUGUCAUUUCUUCAUAAUGUGACAAGCAUUUGCAUAUGAUAUUGCAUUAGCACUACAAUUUUGUUGCAAAAUAUUGAUCAGGAUUAAAAAAAAUUAGGAUAUCUGUACAAAAAAAAAUUAAUCUUUUAAAGUCUAAUACAGGAGUGCUUUUAUUUAUGGAACAUCAUUUUAUGAAAAAUCACUUUUACCCCCCAAAAAUUUUCAAGUGCUUCAGUAUACAGUACAAAAAAAAAUUUGAAUUUUACAAAAAAUUAACAGUAGUGCUAAAAAUGCUUUAUAAUGAAUGUGUCAUUAAACAUGAAAAAUACUCAUUGGCAUCUGCAGUAAGAACAAUUACAUUUGUCUGGAUCUCCAGUUAUGAAUCAUCCUGUAGCAGUUGUCAUAUAUUAUUUUCCUACAUUUUGCAUUUUGAUGCUAAUUAAGGUAUAUACUGUACAAGAAAUAUUUUCUUAGGCAAUCCCCGAUCAUAAAUCAUAAAUAAUUAGCUAUAUAAAGUAUAUCUGUCAACUUUUCCCUAUACAGUGUUAACCAGAUCACCUUCCUCAUAUUAUUCAGGUUGGUUUGGGACAAACUUCUGCUGUUGAUUGUACAAGAAAAUUUAAUGUUGGGAUGGAACAAACAGACAGAGCAAAAAUGUUUAAGAGAUGAUUGCCGUAAUUAAAGAUUAAGUUUUUCAAGUGGAACAGAUUUAAGGAGUGUAUGUGUUAGGUGGUUAUAUUAUGGUGGAGUGUGAUGUUGAAGUUGAAACAAAAUUAUUGUAUAUUUAUAUCAUAUACUACACGGUAGUUGUAAUAUUGAAAAGCAUUAUGUUGAAGUGAAGAGACUCAUGGAGUUUGUACAUAAGAGGGGUAUAGCAUGGCAGAAUAUGAUGCUUGAGUAGGAAAGACUGAGUUGCUUCUGUAAUAUCCUCAUUGGUCGGAACAAUUGGUUCAGAGCGUUUCAAAGUUUGAGAGAUAGUAGGGUAUUGAGGCAAAUUCUCUUAUCCCUGAAAAAAUCAUACGUCUACGGAACCGGGCACUGAUGAAUGCUUCCGCAUCUAAACUAUGCAUUAAGCACGGAGCACCUUUGCUAUGGAGGUUUAACUGCAGUCAGACAGACACAGAGCUGUAUUUAUUUAUGCAAAUACCUGUACUGCUGUACAUGUAUAAUUUAUUGUAAAUAAACAAAAUAUACUACUGUAUUUGCUAUACAGUACUGUACUGUAUUCACCAGCAGAUGUUAUCAUCUUGAGCUUGUGAUGCAGGCAGGCCAAAUAGUGAUAUGAUACAGGAUGGCCUGCUUUGUCCUGUACCAACAACUGUGGCAGGUGUUCCUAACUGUCACUCUCCUCUCCCUCCAUGAAGGAGAGAGGCACCUCAGGAGUGACACGUGGAAUUUCCAACGCCAACAAAGUGCUGGGUCAUGGUGAUGAACAGGAUGAUGAUAAAGGUGGUAGGUCUGUCAUAUCUGAAAUUGGGGGUUGUGGGCUGGGGCCAGAACCAUUGUCACCACUGGUACUAGGCAAGCUGACAUAGGAGACAGCACUAGGACACCUGUGGAUUGGAGCAGGGACCUUGGAAAAGUAGUCCCCCAUUCAUACACUGGUUCAUCUUGGUCCUCUUCUCCAAUUCAUCAGUAGUAACUGCUCUUAUCCCCUGAAGGUUCUGGUUAAAGGAGAUGGAAUGGAAGAUAUCAGUGGUGGCGGUAAAAUUCAGGAGGGCAUCCAGGAGUGCCCUCACCCCUGUGAGAUUUGUGGUGGGAACUUCCUCCACUUCUUCCUCUCUGUCGUCCUCUUUCCCUCCUAUCCUUCUUCAGAGGAUCUGAUGACACCAGCUGCUAUUUCCUCCUGGGUGAGAGCAUCUUAGCCAACAUCCACUUGCAACCUCUCACCCAUGUCCUCCUUUAGCACAGCAGUGUCACCACUGUCACGGAAAAGAGUGUUGGCCUCUUUCACUUCGAAGCCCUCAAAGUCUGCAUCCUCCUGCUGGUGUUGGGCAGCAAAAAGUUUACUCAAAUGUUCUCAACACUUUUUAAAUCAUCUUUGGGGUGGGGGGGGUGCAAGUGCAUUGUCAUGGAUGAGAAAGUCCUCGACUUGUUGGACUGCAGGGACAAAAACAUAGUGGAACCAACCUUCAAAUAUUUCACAGGUGAAUGGGUUUGAAUUUGAGGGUGCCAGCUGCAAAAUCAUAAUCAUCUGUAGGUUAUGCCAAUACUGUACAACAUUGAGAGAGGUAGGCAACAGGCUGGCGUGACUGCAUUAUGUAAGCAAAACGCUGGGAAUUUAAUACCACACAAUUAAUUUUUGGUCGAGUGUGCAAUUUUUUAUUCGUGGAAAUUUAUUACUUUAAAAUAAUGUUAUAUUAACCCUGUACCAAAUGAACCUAAAUAAUAUGGGAAUUAUGGUGAAAUUGCAUAAUGUUCUAUUAAUGAGGUUGGAGGGAGUGGAAACUUAGUCCACCAGCCAACUGCUAUACCUCCUACUACACACAACUUCCUCCUACCUUCUAUUUCCUUAUUUUAUAGUUUUAUAUUAUAUUUUCUGAAUUUUUAAGUCACAUUAGAGCAUUAAAAUUAUAUUUAAACCACCUGCAUGGUUUCAUAUGUAAAUAAACACUGCAACAGCUAGCGCUCGGCCGCAAAUUAUGAAUAUUUGACCAUAUUUAAAAAAAUAAUAGAGGUAGUAAUAAAGGUACCCACAAAUUUGAGUACACAAAUUUUUAUUUCACUGAUCAAAAUUUCACUGUAUAAAUUGAUUUCCUUUCUAUAAUUGGAGAUAUGAGGUGCUUGGGACCCCAGCACUAGGAGGGUCAGAAUGGAGUUAUUUAUACCACUACAGUAUAUUCAUCCACCCUUCCUCUAUCCCCUGUGUGAGUCAGGGAACAUAUCGUGGACCUGUUUGAUUAAAAGUCAUAAUUUUUUUUUUUUAUCCUUUUCAUCUUUAUCAUUAUUACUGUAGUAAACUUCCUGUAAUCUGGACUAAUGGGUUAAGGCCUGUCUGGUUUGGCUAAAAUUCCUGGUUGGGCAGUGAUCUGUAUUGUCUAUAUUGCAAGGUGGAUAAUUUUAGAGGGUGGGAGAUUUCUGACUCAAGCUUCCUAAGAACACUGAACCUACUAUAAUUUUUUAGCCCAAAAUUAACACCCUCUGAGUUUUUAUAUGCCAUAUGAACAUUUAUUAUUUUUUAACUGCUUAGGGUUUUAACAUCAGUGGGAAAAAGUUAAUUUUAUCUCAGUCUUUCAUAUGCUCUUAACAGCUUGGUGCUGGCUCUCGGUACAAAUUUACUUGGCAAGUCAACAAGCAGCUGGUGUUGCUGGGAGUUCUCAUACAUCUGGCAGCAGUUUUUACUAUCGUGGCUGUCACACUCGGCUCCAUUCAAGCCUCGUACCCCGAAAAUAUCUCCAUGUGAUGACCCAUAUGAUAAGGAAUUUUGUUUUUUAUAUGUAAUGUACCUGUGUAUACUGUAUAUUUAUUUAAAGAAACUUGGAUAAAGUAUUCAGGAUUAUUUGGGUAAAAAAUGGUGUUUCUAACUUAAUUAGAAGUGAUUUUAUAGAGUCCGGUAAAAACAUUUUGUACAUUUUUUCAUAAGGGAAUUGAGUUCCUAUAUUUUAUGUCUCAAUAUAUAUUUUUAAGUAUCUUUAUUGAAACACCCUUGUAGAGAAUUUGUUCGGGAUCAUUAUGGUACUAAAUUCAUCUUUCAAACACAAUUAGAACAGAUUCUGUGGAUAAAAGUUUAUAAACUUUUUUGGUCGGCAUAAAUAUUUGUACUCAUGGCUGUGGCAUAAUAUAAUGGGAGUGAUAAUAGAAUUGUACAAAGUAGAAAAGUGUUUCAUGUGAUAUACAUUAUUAUUGCUCUAUAAUAUGCUUACUAUAAAAAAUAGAAGUACAUAGUACAUGUUAAUAAUAAAUUACUGUACAGUACUUAUUAAUUAUUAACUUACUAUGAGGCAGUUGAGGCAGGAAGUGAUUGUACAACACUCACAAUGUAUGUUACCAAAGGUGGAGAGCAGGUUAUGUUUUCACUACUAAUUUCAUUAACUGUACAGUAUGUACUGUGCACAAUUUAUAUAUUUUAGACACUUCACUUUAGUGCUUCUCAGCAACCACCUGCACCACAGUGGCAGUGCCCGCUUACAUCAACUUUCCCUCAUACAGUAGGCUCUCAUAUUUGAACACCUAUUUAGACUAAAAACCUUGCGAAAUUCAAAUCAUCCAAAUUUAAAUACGACUUUCUAUGGAGAAAAUUUAUUUGAGUCUGUUACUUUCGAUGUUUGGCUAAAUUUUGCCUUAUUUACCCUACUUUUGGGGUGAAUUACUACCUGUAUUAAAGCAACAUCCUAAUAAACCAACAAAAAUAACACAGAUAAAGUUAAAUAAAAACUAAAAGCAACACAGAAAAAGUUUAUUAAAGAAAAAAACACAAACCGAAAACACAGCAAUGAUGGGCUUGGGUGGAUGGUGGGUUGAUUCCGAGGCUAGAGGUGGGUUAGUUGGAUGAGGGCCCAUCCUGGGCCACAUCCAAAAAUCCUUCAAAGUUUAAGUCAUUCUCGAGUGAUUCAACAUCUGCCGUUGCAGCAUCCUCGGCCCCAUCUGCUACGCGAAUGUUCUGGAUUGCGUCGGCUACAUCCUGGCGACGUCGGAAGAAUCCUGUUAUCUCAGACUGUUGUUUUUCCCUGAUUUGCAGUUGUAAAUAUCCAUGGGAAUAUCAUUGAGACUCUCAAGGUGGGGCAAUGCAUUUUGUAGUUAAGGGGCAUCUUGAGUUAAUUUCUGAAGUGAUUCUUUCAUGUCACUUCACUCUGCGGGAAUCUUUGCCAGCUUGGCAGUGGUCAAUUUUUCAAUCACGUCCAGUUGUCCUUCUUCGUCUGAACUAGAAUCAGAAUCAUUUGCAAGCAUCUCAAUUAUGUUUUCCUCAUAAUUAAAAGUCACAAGGUUCGUAACAGUGUCCUCAAUGACCUCAGUAAAUUCACCACCUACACGCCUUACUGAUACAACUGUGUCUGCUAACAGUGAAAUGUUGUCUAGCUGCUGUGCUCCUGAGGCACCUCCACACUCGACCUUGAGAUGAGGGAAGAGUGGUGUCCAAACGUGUGUGACUAUUGGAACAUUGAUCUCAUGCCAUGAAUCAACCAUUUUUGUGAACAGCAUUGCGAAUAUUAAAUUUUUUCCAAAAUUGCUUAACAGUUAGGAUAUGGGCAGGGGUGGAAGACGGUCCUUGGGUGGAAGACGGUCCUUGGGUGGCAGAAGAUGGUCCAGGUGUGACAGACUCGUUCUCAUCUUCACUCUCAAUAUCACUAACUGCAGCAAUUUGUAGCAGUUCAACUUGGCUGUCAGUUUCAUGGCGCAUUUGGUAGUGAACGGUGCGGUAGUACAUGAGCUUAACAUUGGCUAUCAGUUCUUGAUCCAGCGGCUGUAUCUUUGAAGUUGUGUCCGCUGGAAGGAAGCACAUUUGUACGUUGGGGUGGAAGUCUACCAAAUACCUAGCAUGACCAGGCGCAUUGUCCAUGAAUAACAACACCUUCAAAUCUAGAUUCUUAUGCCUACAAUGUGCCCUUGCAUCAGGGAUAAAAUACUUCUCAAACCACUUCUUUGACAGAUUUUUGUCCAUGUAACCUUUGGCAGUCUUCUCCCAAUACACAUUAAGCUUAUUCAUAUCUUGAUUCCUGUGCGCAUGUGAACCAGACGCAUUGCAAGUGAAUAACACACUGAAUCUAUCCCUUGCAAGUGUGGUGCCUUUUGCUUGUUUCUCUGUUUUGUGCAUGUACGUGGUAGUAGCAAACAUACCAACAAUUAUCAUACCCUAUUUCCCACCUCAAUAAAUUCCUCUUCCUUUUCUUUCUGCUCUCUCUAUUUUGGGAGUGACUGCUAUGAUUUCCACCUUGUUGAAAGGAACACCAUCAUAGAACAGAUCUGGUAAGGCAGCUAGAAUAAAUGUAUGGCAGCCUGUGAGGAAGAUUCUGUGUUUAAUCCUGUCACACACCUGUACUAUAGCAAGAAGGACUUAGAAGAGUAAAUAAAAUAGCAGACCAGUUUACUCAUUUGGAAUGCUGUAAGAAUUGUUGAACCUGUUAAUGUUAUAUAAAAGUUAACAAUUGUUUUAAGUAGAGCUAUUUACUGCCUCUUAUCUUUGUAUGUCUCCCUAUUUACAGUUUAUUGAUAUCUCUGUCUUACCAACAAAACCAGGCCUGAGAAGAAACUUAAAUGUGGCUAUUUAUCCACAACUUAUUUCGUGUAGUACAGUAAUUCUUAAAGAGGAGUGGAGUAGUUUUAUAAAACUAGAAUUAUAUACAAAACUGUCAUAUACGGUAUUUAGAUGCGUAUAGAAUAUAAAUGUAAAGAAUAGAUAUUUUGGGAAGUAGAACAAUAAUACUAAAUAUAGUAUGGCUGAAUAUGCAAAGUAUUCUGAAAGAGGUUAUAUUGGUAGUAUAGUAUUUUAAAUUGUGACUAAGAACUGUUGAAAGAAUAAUGCAAAUACUGCACAAUAGGGAAGUGCAUACAGCAUAGGCUCAUAGAGGGUUGUAGGAAAGAAUGGCGCAUUAUACUACGUGAUGUCACAGAAAAAUUCUAACCAAUUAUAUUGUUUCUCACUUUUUUCCUAUGCCACUCCUCUGCAAGGGUCUCUAGAUAUGGCAGAUAUCUGUGUAUAUAUUUGCAUGUGCGUAUGAUUCUUGGGGGCAUGAUAGCUCACAUACAUAGUAAUCAAUUUUAACCUAACAUAAUACUGUAUGUAGAUGCCUAUACUGUAUAUCUUAACAGGAUUUCAUUGAGUUCUAUUUUUUGUAUAUUCUCUUACUGUGUAUUUUCCGGAGUUCUUGCCUCUUGGACAUUGCAGCCGUUAGGGUGUAUGGUCGUUUCCAGUUGCACACAUUAUACUGUAAUGGCAGACCCUUAGGAAAAGAGGGUAGCUAAAGUUUAAAGCUGGUUGACGAGCUCACAGUACGGUAGAAUAUAAGAAAUCUGUAUUUCUAGAAACUACAAAUAUAAACUUCCCAAAGCUGUGUUUCCUGGUACUGUAUAUUCAAGAAUUGCUUGCUCUAUUUUCCUUGUUCUGUUAUAGCCCAUACUACCACAUAGUCAUUCUCUCAACCUGAAUUAUUGUCAGUAAGCCUCCAUGGUUUUCACAGUUGUUACUGAUACAUUGCUCUAAUAUCUUUACCUAUUAUACAUACAAAAAAGCAUAUUAGUGAUAGUUCUAAGUUUAAUAUGCAAGGAGGAAUUAAAUUACACUGCUAAAAUAUAGAAAAGAAGAUAUAUUGUAUGUAGAAUGUUAAAAUCUUUCAAAAAUCACUUAUGGAUGACAUGACAACAGUAUAUACAGUAUUUAGUAUGAAAAGUUGUUCAAAUUCUACACUGAAAAUGAAUUUGAUAAAGCCAUUGCCAAUCAUAAAUCAGUGCAUGAAGCUUGAUAAGCUGACCUUAGUAAACUUAAGUUUUGUCUCGGUUGUUUAAGCAUACAGGUACUUUUGGGGAGUAGAAACAAAGAAUUAUUUUGGUAAGAACUUUAUAGUACAAUAAUUGCAAUGACUGUAUUUUACAUCCAGUAUUUUAUAAAUUAUAUACAAAUAUUCAUAUGUACAGUGCUACAGUAUUAAAAACAAAUAUCAUUAAGAACCGUCAAAAGGUAUAUAAAACAUUGUAAGGCAUACAAUGUGGAAACAACACUGUGGCUCAAAAUUCUAAAAUCUGUGAAAAUCCCAACUCUGCACAUUGCUUGGUCUUAAGGAUUUUGGAUAUUCAAUUGUAUUUAAAAAGAAAUUCAUUCAUAUGAAAAUGGAUAUUGGGAAGCAACCAAUAAAAACAUUUUCAGAAUUUCUUACUUCGUGUAGUUAUCUUGUCAUUUAUUUACCAGCUCACAAGCUAUUUUGAUGUUUGUCACUUUUCCAACUCUCCAUCUUGAGAAGACCAUGUAGAAUUAGAAGAAAAAAUAAAUUAUAAGAACUUUCUGAAGGUAGUUGUGAAUUAGGGACAAAAGAUUAUGAAGUGCAGCUGGUUUGGACGAAUGGAAAAGAUAAACUUAAUGAGUUUUAAAAUAUAAAAUACUUAGGGCUGCACUGUACUGUACUGUACAUGAACACGUAAAUAGAGAUAUGGGUUAUACCAUGGCAAUACAUUUAUACAGUACAGUAAUUAGUUUAAUGUAUAUUUGGUAGUUAUAUGAAAUGUCCCAUAUUCUUGGAGUUUGGGGAUGGAAUUAUUCCACAUUGACACAAAAAUUACUUGGGAUCAAAUAGCGACACUUUAUUACUACCAAAUGUGGCUGUUUGUUAUUCUAUAGUACUGUGUUUGGUAAAACUUGUGCAAGGAAAUUAUUAAAAUUCUUUGAAGACACCUAUAAAUUGCAUUAACUAGGUGGUAAUUUUCCCAGCAGUGAUAGAAGUUUGCUGACGAUAGACAAUAAAUAUUCUCUGCUCAAUAGAAAUUCCUUCAGUUACAAUAAUCUGUGUAUUUAUGUAACCAUGAAUGCUUAGUGUCAAAACUGCCUAGUACUCUGCUGCAAAUUAUCCUGUUGCAGAUGCCAGCUUGUAAAUGUACCCUAGCCUGUGCACUAGAGUAUCUUAGUGCAGCUGUUGUGUGCUGUUGUCUUUUAGGACCCCAUCUGAUGUCAACUGCUUCUAUAUUGUGUCACAUCUGUGUCUGUUAAGGUCUCUAUCUGAUGUUAAAUGCAUCUGCAUGCUAUUACAUCUUUCUUUGUACAAGCUAAAGUUAUCAGCUGACGAGACAUGCUUUUGCAUUCUGUCACAUCAGGCAUUUGGAUACUGACAGUGUCUUUUAUUAUAUUUAUGUAGCUCCAAACCCUGCCAUAUGGUAUCAUUUGGGGUCCACUCAUCCUUUGAACAAUUCAUUCGCUCAUAGUUAUUAUAUGCUACCACCUGACCCUGUUGAAUAUGGUAUCUAUUCUAUUAUAUACAGGUAUGUAUAAUUAUUAUUUUACAUCAUAUUUCAUCCCAACCCUUUUAUAGUCAUAUGAUGCUCAAUCAUGUAUCAUUUCAAAUUUUGCCUUGUAUUAAUCCUUUCCAAUUCUUCAUCAUCUAUAUCAGUUCAGUGUAUUGUAUAUAUUUGCAUAGCUUGCUUCAUAGAUCAGGUUCCUCAAUAAAGUCAACAUCUGUGAUUUAACAUUACGUACUGUAUAUGCUCAGAUGCUCUUCAUGAACAGAAAAUUGAUUUGUUGUUUCCAUGCUUAUUAGACUAAAUUCAAUGGAUUUGAAAAAAUCUGAAUAAUGUAAUUCUGAAUGGAAAUGUAUCUACAAUAUCUGGAAGUUAAUCUGCCACUCUUAUGAUACAGUAUCUGUAAUGUGCCAGUUUUGGUCUGUUUGUUGAUGUUGGCAGGUGACUUAAGGUUUUUACCACGUUCCAUAACAAUGAAGUUCUAAAGUUUUUCUUGAAAAGUAGUCAUUGUAGUCUUGCUUAUAGACAUAUGCCCAUAGAAUUUUACCAUUUUUAAUCAAGUGUAAUACUGUACAGUAUAAGCAUGCAAAUACUUAUGGUGUACCAUAUGAUAAGUGAACUUCUUAUUUCUCAUAUCACACUUUUAUACUGGGUGUUUAUAUUAUGCAGUGAAAAUGUAUGCUAAAGGUUUUGAUAUGUUAUCAAAUAAUUUUUUUCUUGAGUGCAGUAUAUUUUUUUGAAGUAUGUUGGCUGCGUCAAGAGGUACUCGUGUAGUUUGUCCAUCUUGUAGAUAAGACCAUAUAUACUUACUGUUCUGUAAUACUAACCCAGUAAAUAUAGAAAUACUGUAUAAUUUCAGUACUCAUCCUGCUCGUAUCAUCACGAGGGACGUUGUACUUGGGAAUCAUCAUCAUAUAUGUAAAACCUAUUUUUGUACACAAGGAUGGACACCUCUUUUGGAAAUCCAUAUGCCUAUGGAUAAUACAUGUUGUUGCAUUGGUCUGCAGCAUUUAUGGUUAAAAUGUAUGGUAAUAUAUAAUCUUUUUUUACAUUUAAUUUAAAAGCCUGUUAGGAAAGCAUAAGGGGUCAAAGUACUUAAUAAAUUGCAAUUCGUAAGGUAUAUUGUGAUUCAUGGUAAAGCAAGUGAUAACAUUGUCUUGAGAUACCUCAGUUUUAUACACAAGUAUAGAAAAAAUGAAUGACCACGAUGAAAGCAAUAUAUGCAAUAUAGUAUAAAGUAUUCCUUGAGAGGUAGCUAUGAGUAUUACUUAAGUCCAGAAGAAAAUAUUCAAAGGAAGUUAUUUUGUGUUUCAUGCUCUAGUUCAUAAAUGAUAGCAUGGGCAUGUAAGUGGACAUUAUGUUUCUUUGUUCAAGAAAUGUUAAAGAUGGAGAAGUAAGUUGCAGGUGAUAACUUAUUUAUUUGGUAAAAAAAAAAAAAAAUUUACACUGUGUUACUAAAUGAUAUUACAUAUUGAUUCUUAUUUAAACCUUCCACUGCUUGUACUUGCUCAUGUUCUAGAGCAAUGUAAGUGAUCAGUUACAGUAUAUGUACUUCUAAGAGACAUACUUUGAGCAAGAGUUGUGUACAGAAAAGAGUGUGACAAUAUGAAAGUAUUGAAUCAUAAAUUAUUCGCAGUUGCCUUGAAAUAAAGCAUCUACUGCCAAAUAUACUCCACCUUCAUA